UUUCUAACACCACAUGUCUGCAUCAUCAGCUUUCACGCAGUGCCAGGUGUGCCAACUGAGCAUAGAAUCAACAUCAUCCAUCAACUCAAGGCUCCGGAUUGCAAUCUAUGGUACAUUCGGUUUGACCUCGACCUUGAGCACCAACUACUAGCUCUGGGCACUGGAACAGGAGCUUCCCGUAUCUAUCUCUGGGACCUUUCUCGGUCCGAGAUGGCCUUUAGUCUCAGCCCCCAGAUACUACCUAUUUCCUUUACUGGCUGCGGCACUGGUUUGGGACUUGCGGCCGGGACCUGCGCCGCAAUUCGGCAGACACGGUUCGCUGACGAUGGGCGCAUCUUACUCUGUGUAGGCGAUAGCGGCCUCAUCGUUAGAUUCGAUAGAUUCUCUGUUUGA